AUGCAACCGCCAUAUAUACAGGAACGCCUUAAGUCACUCAAUAAUAUAGAGAACCAGUUAUGUUCCAUGCUGCAGGAGGCAUCGCAAGUCACGUUCAUAUUUGGUGAAUUGAAACGUGGCAAUGAAUCGGUGAAACCUCAAUUUGAAAACCAUGUUAAGCAGUUUUACGAACUACUGGACGAAUCCACUACAAAUUUACGUAAAGAAAUACAGCUGCUGGAUGAGAAUGUUGGGACGCGAUUACUCCCUAUCAACGUCAACAAGAAGGCCCUGGGCCAAGAUACAGAAAAAAUGGAAGAACAACUGAAUUUGCUGUCUGUGAUAUUGGAUUCUUCGAAAUCAAAAUAA